CCAUACUGCCUACUUUUAUUUUGUAUCCGUGUUGUUUUUCAAAUUUCUCUUGUUCUUCAAUUUCUGAGCUUGGAAAAAAAUACAGAGAGAUGGAUGAAUUUGACAGGAGACGGGCGAUUGCGUUGGAAAGAAUCGGAAAAUUAUACGGGCUUCUUGAAAAAGAUGAACAGCAUAAGAAUAAAAGGAAAAGACAAGGAAUUGAUUUGACUACAGAGUUCGUUGUUGUCAGCUUCAUGAAAAAAAGUUGUAGGAGAAGUUCCAGGCCUCAAGAUUUGCUCGAUUUCGAUAUACCGAAGAGAAAACGAGGCGAUGGUAAAGAAAUAUUGAAGAAUCCUGAAGCUUGUUUGGACCCAAUUGUUCGGAACGAUGGUAAAGAAAUAUUGAAGAAUCCUGAAGCUUGUUUGGACCCAAUUGUUCGGAAUCUUCCGAGUCAAGAAAAUUUGCAGGAGGAAAUAGAAAUUUCAGAGAAAUUGAUGAUCAAGAUCAAGAACAAGAAAAACAAGAAAAUAAAAAAGGUUAAACCAAAGAGAGUUAAAUUUCAGGAAGCGGGUUUAUAUCCGCCGCCUGAAAUUCCAACUGAAUUGAGGAAACGGAUCGAAGAGGAACUGUCAGGAACUGAUUUGCAAUUGGUGAUAAUGAAGCGGAUUUUUAAAACGGACUUGAACCCGCACCAUGAUCGGUUAUCAAUUCCUGAGAAGCAAGUGAUGUGUGAUUUUCUCUACGAUAAUGAGAAGCAAAUUGUAUGGAAGGACAACGAGCAAGGGUUCAUUCCGGUUUCUGUGAUCGAACCGUGUGGUGAUAUUCAUUCUGAAAUCAAAUUCCGGAGAUGGAAGAUGACCAAUACUUUUAUCUACACCUUGUAUCAUAAAUGGAAUCAGAUUGUUUCGAAAACGGAGAAUGCUCUGAAGAUUGGAGCCGUAGUUCAGGUUUUUUCGUAUAGAGAUUCCGAACGAAAGCUUUGCUUUGCUAUCGUUAAUGUUCGUAAAGCUGACGAUGAUCAUAAUGAUGAUGCGGCUGCUGAUUUUGAGUCCUCUGCUGCUGGUGGCGAUGGUGCUAGUUCAAGCUAUAGUACUGUCAUUGAUUGAUUAAGCUUUUCUAGUUUUUUGUUUACUGAUGAGUUUACGUUCUAAUUGUAGAGAUUAACUUUAAAUUUAUGUAAUUGAAGAAAUUUUUCUGUUUUG